UUUCUUUGCUUUUUCUCAACUGAAAAUGCUUUAUGGCCAUGGAUUUUUACACAUAUGUGUGCUAAAUUAUGUGAGGAUAUGUUUUAUGAUUUUGGAUGAUUAUUUUGGUAGAGUUUAUUGGGUGAAAAACCGUGCAUGAGGUAAGGCAGCGAAUCUGCCAUAAGCACACUGCUCCGACAGUGUUUUGCAAGGCGAUUCCAGCCAUCCAAACGGUUCCCAAAAAUUCCCAAAUUAAUUGUGUAUUAUCUUUCAUAUGUUUUCUAUACUUUGGUAAAAUCUCAGAAGGUUUGAAGCUCUUAUGAUUUAUUUAUGAAUUUGUAAACAUCACUGCCCAUCUGGAAUACAUUUUUGGUAAACAAUCUUUGGGAGGCCAUAAGUAAAGUUUCAAUCGGUGAAAACCUUUGAAACUUGAAUAUGUCACUCUAGACUUCCGUAUCUUUCUUUUGAAAUCGGCCUCACCAUUUUUGAGUAAGGGAAACAACCGGUAUAAAUUCUUGAAAUCUAGUUCUUAUUCCUUGUACCAUCCAGUAGAUUUUACAAACCUACGACUUUGAGGUGGCAAAUACCGACUUAAAUCUUUGAUUCUCAAGCCUAUCUUUCUACUGAAUAUUCACUGACAUGUUGGGAACUUACUUGUUCAGUUUUAGAAUUUUUGGUGAAGCCUAAAGUGGUUUUUCCGAUUUAUGUUCUGAAUCUGCCAAACUUGAACUCUUUUUGUGCAUUGAACUUUAGAUAGUCAUAUCUUCUAAACCAUGAAUGUUCUUAGAGUAAAUCCAACUGGAGAGUGUUAUGAUCUCUCCCUAGUUUCCAGAUUGACCCUUGGGGUUCCCAGUGGAGUUUUGUAAAGGGAGAUAUGAAUUUUUAAAGAAAGCCCACUGACUUGGUUGUAAUCUGGAAAUCUGAAAUUUUCAGAUUUUUGCUUGUUAAAUACCCAUCUUUGAGAGGGCAUAUCUUGCUCGUUUGAAUUGUUUUUCAUUCGAUUCAAAUUGAAGAAUGAUCCUUGAAAUGUCUAGUUUCCAGAAUGUCUUUUGGAGCCUCAUUUGGAGAUCCGAGGCAGAUUUGGUGUCUGUUGCAAAAUAACCCCUUAAGAGCUCAAGUUGUUGAAUUAUUUUCUAUGUAUCAAAGUUUAUUUUAAAGGAUGUUUCAUGAAAGAUUUAGUAUAUGUGCGUAACAAGUUUGGGAAUAUUUAUUUUAAAUGAGGUCCGUUCUUUAUUUAAAUUAUGAUGGACUUUUAAUGAAUAUUUUUGGGAUUAAACUCUUAUUUCUGGAUUUAUAUAAAUUAUUUUUUUUAAGGACUUAUAAAUAUGAAUUUCGUAGGCCUACUGACCUACUGUGAUCGACGGUUUGUCGAUGUCUAAUAGCUUUGAAAACUUUAUAGCAAGUCCCUACAUGAGUCUUGAGUACCCUGGUAAAAUUUCAAGCCAUUCCAACUUCGUUUGAUACUUCUUUAAAAUGCGAAACCUAAACUGCACAUAACUACCGAGAAUUUUAGAGAACAGAUGAAAGAGUCAUUUAUUUCAGUAGCUUCCUGUGUGAUCUAGCUUUCCAAAUUUUUAUGGUAUUAACCUUAUUGUGUUAGCUAGAUAUCCACCAAAGUUGAGCCCAGUUUGACAACGUUUACUAUUUUUCAAAAAUCCAAGUUUUCGAUUGUUCAAAACUGCCGAACAUGGUAGAUCGUGGUAAAAACGUCAUAUCUCUCAAACCACUUGGAGUUUUCGACUCUACUUUUUUUUAUAUGAAACUAGAUUCGAAGAUCUUUCUUUCGGUAUGAGUCUCGAGUCCAGGAGAUGUCGGAGUCAGAACAGAUUAAAUUUUGAAGUUGAGUCAGUGUAAAAACAGAGCAUGUUUUGAUGAUGUUUGAUUGUGAUUCUUAUGUGCCUUAUGUGUUUGUGUUGCCUAUGUGUUUGAAUGAGAUUAGACGAGGUAUGAUUGAUUUUUGACUGUCUUUAAUGUAACGAAUUAUGGAUGCUAGAACCCUAAAACACUAAAAGAUACCCUAGGCACGUAGAAUUAGACUUUGUCUUAUGACAAUUACUUCACGAACUUAUCGACUCUUCAUCAAUGAAGGUCCGGGCGACAGAAAGUGAAGCCGAAGAAGAAACGACUCCACGCCAGCUUUAAGAACAAUUGAGAAUGCCGCCUAAGAGAGGACGCCCUGCGAAAAACAAUAACAAUCGCAGAAACCGUAACGCUGUACCCGAAGAACCACAAGAUGCUCGAGGACAUAACCCAUCCCCUCCGCCUCCGACUAGGAGAGUCGAAGAACUCUUUUUAAGGCAAAAUCCACCUACGUUUGACGGAACGAGUGAACCGGCUGAAGCUGAGAUUUGGGUGCGUGCAAUGGAACGCAUUUUCAACUUUCUACGUUGUACUGAUGAGGAGCGCCUAUCUUGCGUCUCUUUCCAACUAACAGGAUCAGCUGACUUCUGGUGGGAAGCACGUCGAAAAAUUCUGACACCUGAACAAUGGGCAAGUUAUACUUGGGAAGAUUUUAAGACGGGAUUAUAUGAUAAAUAUAUUCCGAAAAGCUAUAGGAAGAAGAAAGAAGCUGAGUUCUACGAGUUGAAGCAAGGAAAUAAAUCUGUGGUUGAAUACGACAAGGAAUUCUGCAACCUGUCGAGGUUUGCUCCACAACAAGUGGACACAGAUGAGAAGAUGGCAGAAAAAUUUUGUGCCGGUCUACGGUACGAAAUUAAGAUGGCUCUAGCAAGCCACGGAGGACUCUCAUACACGGAGUCUCUGAACAGGGCACUUGACAUUGAAGCUGCAAUGCCGUCAGACAAGUCUGCCCCACCAUUGAUCUCAAUGCCAAAUGAUCCACCAGUAGCCUCACAUACUCUCAAAGGGAAGCGCAAGUGGGACAACAACGAAGACAAUAUCAAUCAGACUAGUAAGAAAGUGUGGCAAGAAAAGGAACGGGCCGAACAAUUUAUUCAACCAAGGUACGAGGCACGAACUAACCUCGAGUCAACUGGGGGUAGCCAAAGUCAGAGAGGAAUUUCACCUUGCCCAAAUUGUGGUAAGAUGCAUAGGGGUAUCUGUCGAGCUGGAACUAACGGUUGUUACAAUUGUGGCCAAAAAGGUCACUACUCCACGCAAUGCCCCAACAGACAACGAGGUUCAGUAAUUGGGAACACCCGCACCCCCUUGCCAGCAAUACGUGGACACUUGCGAAAUCAGUCUCAAUCACAUCAGUGAAAAUCUUAUGGAGACACCGCAGACAAGAGAAGCUACGCGGGAACUUGAAGACAAGAUGAAGGAAAAAUACCCCGAACUGUUUUAGCAGAGAUAUGCAAAUUUCGGGACGAAAUUUUUGUUAAGAGGGGUAGUAUGUAGUAGCCCGCUCUUUUAAUUAUGAGUAAAACUAGUAAAUGCAAUUUUUAUAAAUGAAUCCAGUUUAUGGUCCUGAUUUUUUUUAUCAGAAACGGAGUUAUUAUUUUAGCUUUAUACUUUUAUAACGUAUGAGAAAAACGCGACGAGGAUUAUUGAGCCAUUCAAUAAUUUAUUAUCCAGUUUAAUAACUGACUUAGCAAAGUCAAGUUAUUAAUAGAAAUAUUAUUUCUAUUAUUUACUUGGAAGUCGUGAUCUAAUUCCGAAUCAUAAGAACGAGUUAAAUUAGAUAUUUAAUUCGUAGAGAGUUAUAACGAAGCGUCGUUAUUUAGUAGAACCCAAUAUUAGUUUUACAAAUACUUGAUUAAUUAAUAUUAAUCAAGCUAGAUGAUUUUUUUUAUUAGUAACCUCAAUUCUAUUUACUUUACCAUCAUCAUUAUUCUUUCCACUCCCUAAUGUCUCCUACACUAUCAACAUACCAUAGCAUAAUUUAGACCUCAAGCAUGAAGCAUGUAUAUACGUUGACCACAUGAGUAACAUCAUAAGCCUCUUUCAUACAUAGCAUAAUCAAUCAAGAAGACAACCAAAUCAAUUAGCAAAAGCAAAAGCUCUUCAAUCACCAACUCCACUCCACCAACUCCACUCCACCAAUACACUCCCACACCCACCUACUCCCUCCACUUAAGUCAUUUGGCUGAAACAUAUCCUCACACAACCUUUAGCCCCACUAAGAAGAGUAAAAGCCUCACUUCCCCUCCAUAUUCCCUCCAUUUUCGUCCCUCCUCCUUUCCUCCACUCUCACAACUUUUCUCCCACCAUUAUCACACUCCAUAGAAGCCCUUGAUGCCCCAAGAGAAGUAGCAAAGCAAGGGAGAGCGUGGAAAAACUAGGGCGUAAAGUUAGAGUGAAGGUUGUGCUUCGAGGGUCCGGGCGACAGAAAGUGAAGCCGAAGAAGAAACGACUCCACGCCAGCUUUAAGAACAAUUGAGGUUGAGUUGUGAUGGGCGAUGAAGUGUUGCUGAGUGGAGUUUUUGUUGAACUUAAAGUAGGCUCAGAAAUGAUACAUGUCUUCAUACAUGUAUCUCAGUUAUGCAUUCCGCUGUAAACACUGAUUAUUUCAGUUACACCUUCCGUUGCAAACUCUGAUAAUGUUUUAGCCAAGCCCCUAACGAUGCCUUUUUCCUUUUAAGGAAUAUAACGCGUAUACAAGUUCUUUGAGUA